UGGAAAUAAUAACAUGGUUGUGUUUUUAAAAGUGAAGGUUCAGAAUAAUGCUUGUAGUUGAACAUGCUACAAGAUGAGCGCUGAAUUUUUUUAGUCUAUUUAUUCUUAUUGUUUGUUUUCAAUUUUUAAACACUCUUCAAAUCAACAUGUAUGCUUAUACUCUUCGUUUGAGAUUUAUUCUAUCUAAAACUGUUGAAAGUGUUUUUACCAAACGUUACCAAUCCAGUCUACCGGCAAGUAAAUAUGAUUAUAUUUUGGAUCGAAGUGAAUCUAAUCGAUUAAGGAAUGAAAUAUUCGAUGAGGAGAAAAAACGGCAAUCCAAAUUGAUUCCUCGGAUUGAAAAGAUAGAAGUCCAAGUAAAGAAUGUGAAACCCUUUGGAGAUGCAACUCUUAUCAUGAAUAAACAUGCCUCCACACCAUAUCAUUGUGCUCAGCAUUUUUCUCAGUUAAUCUCCGAUAGAUCAAUUAUAGCUGUAGUUGAUGGUAAAAAUCUAUGGGACAUGCAUAGACCUUUAAAUGACAGUUGCAUCCUGGAGUUUAAACAUUUUAAAGAUGAAGAUCCAACUGAGGUCAAUAGAGCAUUUUGGAGAAGCUGCUCUUUUCUCCUGGGCAUGGUUGUACAACGAGCAUUCAAAAGUGAGAUACCAGUUUACUUACAUUCAUGGCCUAAACCAUCCAUUCGAUCUGGCUGUUUUAUUUACGAUGUUCAAUUACCCAGUUUACCUGAUUGGAAACCAGAUAAAGAGGAAAUUCGUAGCCUAACAGCGAUGUUCUGGAAACUUAAUGCUUCAACCAAGAGCCCUUUUGAGAGACUUGAUGUUAAACCUUCAAUAGCAAAAGAUAUUUUUAAGGAUAACAAAUUCAAGUCACAACAAGUAGAUAAAAUAGAAAAAGAAAUCGGUGAAAAUGGUCAGAUCGCACUUUAUCGUUUAUCUGAUCAUAUUGAUUUCAGUGUUGGUCCAAUGAUACCAGAUACAAGUCAUAUUGGCCGAGUGUCAGUUGCAUGUGUUCAUAAAUUAGACAGUGAUAUUGAAAAUUUGUAUAGAUUUCAAGGUGUAGCUAUACCUUCUAAGCUUCCUAUUCAUUUCUUUCCUUAUCGAAUUCUUUUGGAUCGCGCUUCAAAACCCAAGACCAAUUUGAUCCCGCAAUCACAAACUUAGCUGUAAAACUACCAAUGUAAAAUAUCUUUCUCAUACAUAAACUAUAGUUCAUCCUCGAUAA